ACAAUGAGUGCCCAGAGUAGCGUGGCGCUAUACAUCUGACACAGGAGAAUUAUAGAGUUAACAGUAUUUGGCAUGACAGGGAGAGGGAGCGGGGAGCCGUGAGUGCAGUCUCAUCCUGUUUGGCAAUCACUGUGCGCAGCGCCUGGAGGCCCCGGAGGGCUCACCUGCCCGGAGUCUAUGGCACACACAUACACGCACGCACACACGCACACACACAGAAGACAGCUGGAUUAAACCUCCAGCACCUGGCUUCCACAGUCUUUUUAUUUUAUUUUUUAAUUAUCUAUAGCUGCUGGGCUGGGCAAGAGAGGGGAUCGCUUCCACGACACCCCCCCCCGCGCUCUGAGCUCCUGUCCUCGCCUGCAUGUGGGUCUGUGAGCUGGUUCUCUCAGCCUACAGUGAAUGACUGACUGACUGUCUGUGGCGAGGCGGAGGGAGACAYUACACCGCUCCUUCUGCUUCUUCCUCCGCUGCUGCGUCGCUCCAGCGCUGAAGACGACUUCCAGCCGAGGGGACCCUGUGGUGCUGGGCAGAGCGUAAUGGCUCAGACGCUGCAGAUGGCAAUCCCUAACUUUGGCAACAACGUCCUGGAGUGCCUGAACGAGCAGCGGCUGCAGGGCCUCUACUGUGAUGUGUCUGUGAUUGUCAAGGGACAUGCCUUUAAGGCCCAUCGUGCAGUGCUGGCAGCCAGCAGCUCCUACUUCCGGGAUCUGUUCAAUGCCGUGGGGAAGAGCUCUGUGGUGGAGCUCCCUCCGGCUGUGCAGCCACAGAGCUUCCAGCAGAUUCUGGCCUUCUGCUACACAGGACGCCUCAGCAUGAACGUUGGAGACCAGUUUCUGCUCAUGUACACUGCUGGAUUCCUCCAGAUCCAACAGAUCAUGGAGAAAGGCACAGAGUUUUUCCUCAAGGUCUCCUCCCCAAGCUGCGACUCCCAGGGUCUCCACGCCGAGGAGACCCCGUCCUCCGAGCCUCAGAGUCCCGUCACUCAAACGGGUGGAGUGGGUGCUGUGGGAAGGCCUGCCUCUUGUCUGACACCCCUCCCCCUGGUGUCUAAAGUGAAGACUGAACAGACCCCCGUCACACCUCAGCCAGCUCCACAGCAGCAGCAGCAGGAGGGCUCGCCGUAUUCUGUGGUCUGCACUCCCGUGGCCAAGCGGCUAUGGGAGGGGGGAAGCCGAGACGGGGGAGGAGGGUCCGGAGGAGGCGGGGGAGGUGGAAUGAGGAAGGCCGCACGCUACUCCUCAUCUUCUUUUUCCUCGUCUUCCACCACCGUCCUGCAGCAAGACGGCUCCGGGCGAGGGCCGGCAGCCAAUUCUGCCCUGCUGGGCAGUGGCAGUGCCACCUCAGUGGGGGGAACCGGACUCAACAGUAAUCAAAACAACAACAACAACAACAACAACAGCGGCGGGACCCCCGAGGGCACGAGUCCGGGCACACUGAGCAUGUACACCAGCGACUCGCCCAUCAGCUACCACGACGACGAGGAGGAGGACGACAUAGCCGACGAGUCGGCCGAAGAGCAGUACAGACAGAUCUGCAACAUGUACACCAUGUACAGCAUGCUGAACGCCGGCGCUACAGUGGUCGGGGAGCCAGUUGAGGCUCUGCCAGACUUGGCUCCUGAUUCCGGUGGUGGACGGGGAGGCAGAGGGGGGCGGUCCCGGCAGGACCUGGCAUCGCUGCCCGCCGAGCUCAUCAGCCAGAUCGGUAACCGCUGCCACCCAAAGCUGUACGAGGAAGGCGACCCCGCCGAGAAGCUGGAGCUGGUGAGCGGGACGUCGGUCUUCAUCUCCCGCGCCCAGCUCAUGAACUGCCACGUCAGCGCUGGCACGCGCCACAAAGUGCUCCUCAGACGGCUGCUGGCAGCGUUCUUUGACAGGAGCACGCUGGCUAACAGUUGUGGAACUGGCAUCCGCUCAUCAACCAACGACCCCAGCCGUAAACCUUUGGACAACAGAGUGCUGCAUGCUGUCAAAUUCUACUGCCAGAACUUCGCACCGAGCUUCAAGGAGAGCGAGAUGAACGCCAUCGCUGCCGACAUGUGCACCAACGCCCGCCGCGUCGUCCGCAAGAGCUGGAUCCCCAAGCUGAAGCUGCUGAUGGCCGACAGCGACGCCUACUCUGCCUUCCUGGCCGACAGCGUGAAAAUGGAGGCCGAAGCGCUGGGCGUGGAGCAGGGGUUCGACCCCGCCUCCCUGGACGCCGUCACGACAGCGCCGGCCGCCAGCAACGGCGACGCCGGAGGCGGAGCCAUGACAGCGGACACCAUCCAGGGGGUAGGAGGAGACGGCAGCACUUUGUUUUGAGUGAGCGAUGGAACGGACGGACGGAACGGACCCCGAUGGAGGGAGGAUUGGUGAGGCGAGAACAAUGGCCGCCGUGGUCUUCGCUCGCCCUCCCCAGCUGCCGUGUGGUCAGGAAUCUGUUUGGGCUUUUUACUUUUGGGUCGGUCUCUUGAGCUUUUCUUCUUUUCCCCGUCUUUAGUUUUGUCUCUCUCCACAACUCAGAAUGUUCCUCGUUGUUCUUCUGGUGGAGAAAGACAGAAAAACAAAGACAGGUAGCAGAGUUAAAACUAGCCACCAUCACUUCCCCCUACCACCCAGAAAAAAGAAGAAAAAAAACUUUAUUUUUCUGUAACCUCUUUGUUUCAAACUUUUUUUUAAAGCUUGUAUUAUCACUAAGGCCCUUUUUCAAAAAACUUAACAUAAUCAAUCACAGACAUUCCCUGGGGAGGGGAGGGGGGUAUUCCUAUUUGGAGCGUGAUAUUUCCUCCACCCCAUUUAACUCCGGUAACACUGUUGUUUUGAUAUUGAAUGUAUGCGUGGUGAAGCAUCCGAAUUGCAGCGAUGUAAGCCAGCGAUGACUGAGCGAUUGUGCUGAGCCCUCCUCCUUUGCUUUUUGUUUUGCUUUGUAUCAUGCUGACGGCUGAGAUGGAAGCUGCUCUGAUGAGGUCAGAGGUCGAACUGACCGUGUAGAUCAGAGUGGUUCAUGAUCUUAUGGAACCCUGCUUUUUAAAUUCCAGCUGAACAAAC